AUUUUAAUUAUAGCUUUAUUUUUUCAUAUUUCAUGAUUAUUUUCUGAGUGAAUCUUAUCGAUUAUCACCAUUUCCUACCUAUCAUUAUUGUUUAUCCUUUAGGGUCAUUUUGUGGACGGCGGCAUUGCAAAAUUUCAAUUAAAUUAAUACUCCCACCUCCCAAAUUAUUUUUUUUACUUUUUCUUUAGUAGUAGGUUCCAAAAAACUUCUCAUUCUAUUUUUAAACUAUACCCUAUUAUUAAUAAUAUAUUAUUUAUUUUUUCACCAUUAUCAUUAUUUUAUUCAUUUUUAUUUUUUACUUUUUCACACUUUUAUUUUAAAACUCGUGUCUCUUCCUCCUAAAAAGUUAUUUGAGAAACAGUGAGAAUAUAUUUUAAAUAAUACUCCAUCCAGCCACUAAAAAUAGAGCACAUUUUUUAAUAAAAUGAGUGGUAUUUUUUUAUAGUGGAAAAUGUAUCUUAUCAUUAUACGAAAUGAGUGGUUGAAAUUGAAUUAAAAGUGGCUUUCUUUUGUAAAUAAAAGAUAUUUGUAAGGAUAAAAAAUUUAAAAAAAAAUAUGAGGGCCCAUGCAUUAAAAGAGAAAGUGAUCCAUUUUUUUUGGACAAUAAAAAUAGUAGUUAUGCCCAAUUUUUUUAUGGACGGAGGGAGUGCUAUAUGGGUGAAUACAAUCACCCUAAUUAAAUCUUUUUAAAUUGAAAAUAAUACUAUAUUUUAAUUAAUUAUUAAUUAAAAUUUAAAAUAUAAUUGGUGCGGCCGCAUAAAAGUUUUCAUGUUCUUUUUUCGGGUAAUUAAAGAUGUGAUUUUAAGGGUAGGCUUGGUGUUGGGUGUUCUUGGUUUCUUUUUUCAUAUGAAUGUAAUAUCAUCCACUCACAUACAUUAUUUAUAGGGAAGAUUAUAUUUGAUUUUAUGAAUAUUGUCGAUGACCCUUUUUUGCCAUUUCCAGACAUUUUUUAAAGAAGUAUAAUAGGAGUAUCUUUUUAGGUGGGUAGGGCAAAACGCCAGGCUAUGUUUGGCCAAUAGUUUAUUUGCAUGCAUGGACUCUACUCUCUCUCCCUCUCAUAAAUCACAUCUACUACUAUAAAUACUCUAUUUUUCCCUCAUUCAAACACAUCCAAUACUACAAUACUUAACUCUCUUUCUACACUACUCAUCUCAUCUUCAAUGGCAACUCAUAAAUUUCUUGUAGCUUCAAUCCUUCUUGCAAUUCUAGUCAUCAAUGGAGUCCAAGCACUCCAAGAGGCUAGCAAUGCUGCACCAGAAGAGGCAUCAGCCUUAAAAAUUGAUUGUAAGAGUGCUUGUGCAACAAGAUGCAAACUAUCAAGCAGGCCCCAUCUGUGCAAGAGGGCCUGCGGAACUUGCUGUGCCCGGUGUAGCUGCGUGCCACCGGGCACCUACGGCAACUACAACGCCUGCCCGUGCUACGCUUCAUUGACUACUCACGGCAACAAGCGCAAAUGCCCUUAAUCACAUUCUCCAGAAAAAAUAUCUCUAAAUUUUACUUGUAUUAUUAUGAUCUGUAUUUUUUUUUCGCGCGUUCAUAUUCUAUCGUGUGUAAUUUAAUCGUAUAUUGUGUGUAAUUUGAUUGUAUAUGGUAAAACAAAUAAAUAAAGAACAUGCAUGUGUGUAGCAACGUUUGUUGCACACCAUGUUAAAUAUA